AUGGUUCUUUUUAUUAAGCUUGCUUCCUUCCUUAGUAGAAUUUUGAUGACAUUUUCAAGCAGUUCCUGGUUCAUUUGUUCCAACUCGUUCUGGUGCUGUCCAAGCAGUGGAUUCUCCUCCUCCACAAUCUGCGUCUGCUUCUUGAACUCCACCGAUGCAACUGUCGUGGUCUCUGCUACCGAAAUGACCGAUUCAGUGACAGGUGGCCUCGUUUCAGUCACCUCCCUCUCCACGUUCAACUUCAUUGGAUAA